UUUGAGUUGGAGUGAUAUACUCCUCUCCAUUUUAUGUGUUCUUCUCUUCAUCUUCUUCUCCCGAAUUCUCUCCAAUUUUCUCUGAUAAAAAAUAUGAACAUGGUAUCAUAGCCUUUCUAGAUCUUUAAGGGCCUGUGUGAGAGAGAUUUGAGAGAAAUAUACCACCAUAAACUCCGGCCAAACCCAAAUAGUUUCCAGCAAGUUUUUCUUUCAAAAUACCCAUUUUUCUAACCCAACACAACAAACUCCUCUAACCAAAAAUGUAGCAAAGAUGCUGUGAUGAUGAAGGUUAACUUGACGUCCUUCAAUCUUCUUGAGGCAGAAGAUCUGCAAGAAGUGAGAGCAAAAGAUGCUAGUUUAAUGAUGUUUUAUGUUGCUAGUAUGGGUGGUGUUUUAUGCUACAGCAUUAGUCCAAAAAGGCAAGGAUGGCUUGUGAAGAUGUAGAUUGGGACCAAGAGAGUACUCAACAUUGCAUCGAGUCAUUUUUCAUGACCGAGUAGCCAAAAUCCUUAGCCCAAAGAAGCUGUAAAAGAUGAAAAAAGAUGAUGAAGCAGCACUUUGAGCUUUAACACCAAGGAGGAGUGUUGGAGUUGUGGUGUUCAAGAUGCUAAAGUAGCAACAAAUGAAAAUGAAAGUUGCACAAAAUGGCAGCAAAAUGAAGAAGGGAGAGCUGCACCAAUAGCACGGUAGCAGCAAAGUGCAGCAAGCGAAGCUGCAAAUGUUAAGGAAAUGAGGCUAAAAUGAAAUGUAAACGAAAUG